GAGUGCCUUGAGCACGUGACCUUUGUCUGUAACACUAUAUAAGAGUCUUUAAACCCAGACUCCAACAGACAAACUAGCCAGACAAGAGUGAAUCAACAUCCUAAAGAUGAUGAAGGCUUGGCUCAUUCUGCUUCUGUUGCUGCCUAUCUGCACAGCUGACCAUAAUAUUGAUUGCUAUGGCGAGGAUUUCCUGAUGGUGAGGAACAUGGUUCUUCAAUGCAGAAGUAAAGUUCCUCAAGCCUGUUACACCAGAGGAACUGGAGAGAAAGGGUGUGUAAGGCUGGAAUUUUGUCAGAGGAAAGCCUGGAAAUGUUGUUAUGAAAACCUGUGCAAUGCUUGAUGUUUACAACAGAGGAUGCUGCUGGAGACCAAUUUUUAUGCCUUAAUCGCACUUUUUUUAACAUAUAUUUAACAAAAUUGAAAAUAAAAAAAGUAAUUGCAAUAAUAUAGUUAUAAUAAAGUAGAAGAUGUCUACUUGUAUAAACGACACAGUAUUACUUAAUUAAGAUUUGGACAGUAUUGUGCUGCAUAUACUGUAUACUGCAAUCUUAAAGUUAUGAUAAAUAAAAUAUCAUAAUUUAUCCUA